AUGUCGAAUUUCUCUCGCCAAGCUAGGCUAUCGUCGACAUUGAUCAGAGUCGUACAGUACAAAAUUACAAGAUCAUUCACGACAAUCGAAUGCCAUAGACCCUCCAUUCUUCAUAAGAAAGGUGUCGACAUCAUUCACGAUCCAUGGUUCAAUAAGGGAACAUCAUUCUCCAUGACCGAACGAGAUCGUCUUGAACUGCGUGGACUUCUACCUCCAAAUGUUCAGACCGAGGAACAACAAACUGAACGCUUUAUGACGGACCUGAAGAAGCUUGAGAUGAAUGCUAGGGAUGGAUUUGAUGACACAACCUGUUUGGCCAAGUGGCGAAUAUUUAAUAGGCUACAUGAUAGAAAUGAAACGAUGUACUAUAAGAUCCUAAUUGCCCAUAUCAAGGAGUAUGCCCCAAUAGUGUACACUCCAACAGUUGGACUUGUUUGCCAGAAAUACAGUGGAUUGUUUAGAAGGCCCAGGGGGAUGUAUUUCAGUGCUGCUGAUCGUGGAGAAAUGAUGGCAAUGGUUUAUAAUUGGCCUGCUGAUCAGGUUGAUAUGAUUGUUGUUACUGAUGGAAGCAGUAUCAUGGGACUUGGUGAUCUAGGAGUUCAGGGGAUUGGCAUUGCAAUAGGGAAGUUGGAUUUAUAUGUUGCAGCAGCUGGAAUAAAUCCUCAGAGAGUUCUUCCUAUUAUGAUUGAUGUUGGAACCAACAACGAGACCCUUCUUAAAGACCCUCUGUAUCUAGGAUUGCAAGAACACCGUCUUGAAGGCGAGGAGUAUCUUUCCAUUAUUGAUGAACUUAUGGAGGCUUUGUUCAAUCGUUGGCCCCAUGUGAUAGUGCAGUUCGAAGAUUUUCAACGCAAGUGGGCCUCAAAGUUACUGCUACGCUACAGAAAUACCUACAGAAUGUUUAACGAUGAUGUCCAGGGAACAGCAGGAGUUGCAGUUGCUGGUCUUCUGGGAGCUGUAAGAGCACAACAAAAGAUGAUGAUCGACUUCCCAAAGCAAAAUAUCGUUGUUGUUGGUGCUGGAAGUGCAGGAAUUGGGGUUCUGAAGGCAGCUAGGAGAACAAUGGCAAGAAUGUUGGGAAACAAUGAAGAUGCUUUUGAGAGUGCACGGAGUCAAUUCUGGGUAGUUGAUGUUAAUGGCCUGAUCACAGAGGAGCGUGAAGAUAUCGACCAUGAAGUUAAGCCAUUUGCGAGGAAGACCAACGAAAUUAGCCACCGAGGAUUGAGGGAAGGAGCAAGUCUUGUAGAAGUGUUGCAGGAGGUAAAACCUGAUGUACUCCUUGGGUUGGCUGCAGUUGGUGGCUUGUUUUCUAAGGAGGUAUUAGAAGCGUUUAGAGGUUCAACUUCGACCAGACCAGCAAUACUUGCAAUGUCAAACCCCACAACCAAUGCUGAAUGCACCCCUGAAGAAGCAUUCUCUAUUGUGGGCAAACACAUGAUUUUUGCAAGUGGAAGCCCAUUUGAAGAUGUGGAUCUUGGAAAUGGACAAAUUGGCUACUGCAACCAGGGAAACAAUAUGUAUCUUUUUCCUGGUAUUGGUCUUGGUACUCUUCUAUCUGGUGCUCGAAUAAUCUCAGAUGGCAUGUUACAAGCUGCAGCUGAGUGUUUAGCUGAAUGUAUGACCGAGGAUGAGGUACUCAAAGGAAUUAUAUACCCUCCAAUAUCAAGAAUACGUGAUAUAACAAAAAAGAUAGCUGUUGCUGUCAUCACUGAAGCGAUAGAAGAGGAUCUAGCAGAAGGAUAUCGUGAAAUGAACUCUCGUGAUCUCCAGAGGCUGACUAAGGAAGAAAUCCGUUUGCACGUGGAAAACAAUAUGUGGAAGCCCGAUUACCCAACAUUGAUCUACAAGGAUGAUUGA